UCAGUUCGUCUUCACUGAAAGUCUCUUGGCGGUGAGAACUCUUAGAUGAGACUCCCUCGCACGAAUCGGCCGCUUUCAAGCCCUGAUUUCGGCCAUAGCUGCAAAAAUGUGAGAUCUUCGGGCAAAUUCGCUUCUAUAGACGAUGAGAAAACUGAAGAUUCGCGUCUCGUUUCUGCCCUCAAGAGCAUCGUGCGGGGAAAGCAGAGCUGGAACUUCGCGUUGGAUGGCGCGUUCGCGUCGAGCAAGUUGAAGCAUCACCAUGUGGAAGAGGUUCUAAUCGGAACCCUUGAUAAUCCCAGAUUGGCUCUGAGGUUCUUCAAUUUCCUCGGUCUGCAUCGUGGAUUCGACCACUCCACGGCGUCGUUUUGCAUAUUGAUCCACUCUCUCGUGCAAGCUAAUCUCUUCUGGCCUGCUUCGUCACUGUUGCAGACCCUUCUGCUUCGUGAGUUGAAGCCAAAUCAGGUUUUUGAUUCGCUUUUCAGUUGUUAUGAGAAAUGUAGGUUUAGUUCAGUCUCGGCUUUUGAUUUGUUGAUUCAGAGUUAUGUACAGAAUAAGAGAGUCUGUGACGGCCUUUUGGUGUUUAGGCUCAUGAUAAAGGCCAGUCUGUUGCCGGAAGUGAGAACUCUGAGCACACUCUUGCACGGAUUAGUAAAAUUUAGGCAUUUUGGUUUGGCUUUGGAGUUAUACGAUGCCAUUCUCGAAGUGGGCAUUCAACCUAAUGUAUACAUUUUCACGGGAGUGAUACGAAGCUUGUGUGAGUUGAAAGAUCUCUCCCGAGCAAGAGAAAUGAUUUCGAGUAUGGAAGCAACUGGAUGUGAUGUGAAUAUGGUGCCAUAUAAUGUGUUGAUAAACGGAUUUUGCAAGAACCAUAAGGUCUGGGAGGCUGUUGACAUAAAGAACAGUUUGGCAAGGAAAGGAUUGAAACCAGAUGUUGUGACAUAUUGCACAUUAGUCCUUGGGUUAUGCAAAGUGCAAGAAUUUGAGGUCGGCUUGCAGAUGAUGCAUGAAAUGUUACAGUCGGGGUUUGCUCCUAGAGAAGCUGCGGUUUCGAGUUUGGUUGAAGGGUUAAGAAGGAGCGGAAAGAUCAAAGAGGCUCUUGACAUGGUUAAAACGGUGGCGGAAUUUGGUGUGUCACCUAAUCUAUUCGUGUACAACACAUUGCUUGACUCGUUGUGCAAAGAUCGAGAAUUCGAUGAAGCGGAGUUGCUAUUUGAUAAAAUGGGAGAGAUGGGUUUGUGUCCUAAUGAUGUUACCUAUUCAAUUUUGAUAGAUUCGUUAUGCAGGAGAGGCAAAGUGGAUAUGGCUGUUAGCUUUCUGGGCAAGAUGAUCGAAUCAGGUCUAAAACCGACCGUCUAUCCAUACAAUUCUUUGAUUAAUGGGUACUGCAAAUUGGGCAACAUCCGUGCAGCUGAGUAUUUCAUGUCUCAGAUGAAAGAUAAAGAACUGGAGCUAACAGUGGUAACUUACACAUCAUUGAUGAGUGGAUAUUGCAGCACAGGGGAACACCAUAAGGCUAUUAGGCUCUAUUAUGAGAUGAAAGGAAAAGGUAUAGCACCGAGUAUUUACACCUUCACCACGCUUAUAUCAGGCUUUUGCCGUGCUGGAAUGAUGCAAGAUGCUGUAAAACUGUUUAAAGCAAUGUCGGAAUGGAACAUUGAGCCCAAUAGGGUGACUUAUAAUGUCAUGAUCGAAGGUUAUUGCGGUAAAGGAGACACAGCUAGAGCCUUUGAGUUGUACGAUGAGAUGAUAAAGAAAUCUCUUGUACCUGAUACAUAUACCUAUAGAUCUCUUAUUGGUGGACUAUGUUCUUCAGGUAGGGCUUCUGAGGCCAAAGAGUUCGUGGAUGACCUUCAUAGGAGGAACCGUGAGCUAAACGAGAUAUGUUAUAGUGUGUUACUACACGGGUUUUGCAGAGAAGGAAGAUUAGAGGAAGCAUUAGGAAUUUGUCAUGAGAUGGUAGACAGAGGGGUGGAUCUGGAUCUCGUCUGCUAUGGUGUGCUUAUAGACGGAAGUUUAAAACACCUAGACAGAAAGAUGUUUCUCGGCCUUCUAAAGGAGAUGCACGAUAGAGGAUUGAAACCUGAUCACGUAAUCUAUACGAGUAUGAUUGACGCGAAGUCCAAAGCCGGGGAUUUGGAGGAAGCGUUAGGGUUAUGGGAUGUGAUGACGAGUGAAGGGUGUGUUCCUAAUGAAGUGACAUACACAGCUCUCAUCAACGGGUUGUGUAAAGCGGGAUUUGUAUCAGAAGCCGAGAUUCUCUGCCGGGAAAUGCAGACUGGCAGUUCAGUUCCAGUUCCUAACCAAGUGACAUAUGGGUGUUUCCUCGAUAUUCUUACCCGGGAAGAAGGCAACAUGCAGAAGGCUAUGGAGCUUCAUAAUGCAAUGGUGAAAGGGCUUCUAGGCAACACAGUGACAUACAACAUGCUGAUCCGUGGUUUUUGCAGGCAGGGAAGAUUGGACGAAGCCUCUGAGCUCAUGGACAGGAUGAUAGAGAACGGUAUUAGCCCGGACUGUAUAACUUAUUCGACCAUGAUUUACGAGCAUUGUAGAGAGAAUAAUUUGAAGAGAGCGGUGGAAUUGUGGGAAACGAUGACAAAGAAGGGCGUAAAGCCGGAUAGAGUAGCGUAUAAUGUUCUGAUAUACGGUUGCUGUGUAUCAGGAGAGACUGAUAAGGCAGUUGAGUUGAGGAAUGAGAUGUUGAGACAAAACUUGAAGCCUAACUCAUAAAUUAUACCCUUUUGUUUGUUUUGAGGAUGGCCUUCUUCA